AUGAGUCUCAGGAUGGGAUCCAACCGGGGGAGUGUAAGAGCGAACGCUCUUGACAAACGCGUCCCCCGGAAUCCGCGAUACGCUGGCGUCAAAAGCAAGGUGCAGACGGGCAUGACCGUAGACAAGGUUACCUUCGUCACCACACGGCAGCACCUAAGGCGGCGGGAGGAACCGUACUUCAGGCUCACGCCGUCCCAGCUGAACGAGCUCUUGAGCGAGUACGAGCAAGACCAACAAGAGGGCGUCCAGGACUUCCGAGACCACAUCGACCCCGACCACCACGGCCCCAAGGUGGUGGAGUACGAGCCCGACGCCAAGCCGAGCUACGACCGCCCCUACCUCGUCCUCGACGUCCGCUCCCCCGAGGAGUUCAAGCGGUGCCGCAUCGUGCAGGCGCGAUCUUUCGAGGCCAAGCUGCUCAACCAGGACCGAAUGACGCCGGAGCUCUACAUGUACAAGAACCGGGAGGGCGGGCUGGUUAUCCUCUACUCGAACGACGAUGCCGAUGCUGGCCACGCCGCGAGGACCUUGAUUCACAGGGGGUUCGACAACAUCUUCGUGCUCUCCGGCGGUCUGGUCGCCUUCGCGAGAGAGGGUUUCCAAAGCUUCGUGGAGGGGGACGUCGAGGCCUUGCCGCCGCCACCGCCGGCACCCGCGUCCGGGGGCGGUACCUUGCGCAUUGGCGGCGGGGGGGGCUUGAGAGUUAUAUCGGACGGGGUAGGCAGCAGCAGCAGCGGCGGCGGCGGCGGCGGCGGCGGCGCCUGUUAG